CUUGGGAACAGAUGGCUCCAACUCCCACCCACGGAAGCCAAACAUUUUCCCUGGUUACCCCGCUAAUUUGCUCACAAGCCUCCUCUUGUAAACAGAGAGUACAAAGGCUCCUCCACCCAGCGUGUCUGACGAGCAUAUUCUGACUCCACCAGCAGAGGCCUCAGAGAGGGCACAGGAGGGUUCAGGCCCCCUGCUGCCGCCCCCAGGCAGGCCUCCGUGCUUGCUCGCUCAGCUUAAGACACAAGUCACGUGGCACCGCUCUUCCUCGGAGCAGCACAGGCUGCCAUGGGCUCCGUGGGCAGCCAGCGCCUCCAGGAGCCCAGCACAGCGGGCACACCGCACGGGAGCAUGGUGAUGAGCUUCAGCUUCGACAGCGGGCAGCUGGAGGAGGCGGCAGCUCGGGCCCAGGGCGGCAGGGCCAGGGGUAUCCCCAUUGUCACGGAGUCUGAGGAGACGGUGCCCGAUGACCGCUACCACGCCAUCUACUUCGCGAUGCUGCUGGCUGGCGUGGGCUUCCUGCUGCCAUACAACAGCUUUAUCACCGACGUGGACUACCUGCACCACAAAUACCCAGGGACUUCCAUUGUGUUUGACCUGAGCCUCACGUACAUCUUGGUGGCCCUGGUGGCUGUCCUCCUGAACAACGUGCUGGUGGAGAGACUGAGCCUGCACACCAGGAUCACCGCGGGCUACCUCCUAGCCUUGGGCCCCCUCCUCUUCAUCAGCAUCUGCGACGUGUGGCUGCAGCUCUUCUCUCGUGACCAGGCUUACGCCAUCAACCUGGCCGCGGUGGGCACCGUGGCCUUCGGCUGCACAGUGCAGCAAUCCAGCUUCUAUGGGUACACGGGGAUGCUGCCCAAAAGGUACACGCAGGGGGUAAUGACGGGGGAAAGCACGGCGGGCGUGAUGGUCUCCCUGAGCCGCAUCCUCACCAAGCUGCUGCUGCCGGACGAGCGCGGCGGCACCCUCAUCUUCUUCCUGGUCUCCGCGGGCCUGGAGCUGCUCUGCUUCCUGCUGCACCUGCUAGUGAGGGGCAGCCGCUUCGUGCUCUACCACACCGCGCGGCCCCGCUGCGGCCGUCGGGGCAGGGCCGGCUACCGCGUGCACCACGACGUCGGCGCCCAGGACGUGCGCUUUGAGCACCAAGGCCCAGCCCUGGCAGAUGCCGGGUCCCCAAAGGACAGCCCAGCCCAUGAAGUGACCGGCGGCGGGGGAGCCUACACGCGCUUCGACGUGCCUCAGCCGAGAAUCCGGCGCAGCUGGCCCUCCUUCCGAGCCCUGCUGCUGCACCGCUACGUGGUGGCCCGCGUCAUCUGGGCCCACAUGCUGUCCAUCGCCGUGACCUAUUUCAUCACGCUGUGCCUGUUCCCGGGUCUUGAGUCCGAGAUCCGCCACUGCAUCCUGGGCGAGUGGCUGCCCAUCCUCAUCAUGGCCGUAUUCAACCUCUCGGACUUCGUGGGCAAGAUCCUGGCGGCGCUGCCCGUGGACUGGCGGGGCCCGCACCUGCUGGCCUGCUCCUGCCUCCGCGUCGUCUUCAUCCCCCUCUUCAUCCUGUGCGUCUACCCCAGCGGCACGCCCGCCCUCCGCCACCCGGCCUGGCCCUGCGUCCUCUCGCUGCUCAUGGGCAUCAGCAACGGCUACUUCGGCAGCGUGCCCAUGAUCCUGGCGGCCGGCAAAGUGAGCCCCAAGCAGCGGGAGCUGGCAGGAAACACCAUGACCGUGUCCUACAUGACGGGGCUGACGCUGGGCUCGGCCGUGGCCUACUGCACCUACAGCCUCACGCGGGACGCCCACAGCAGCUGCCUCCACCCCGCCGCCGCCAACGCCUCCCUCCCCGCCGGCCUCUGAGCCAGGCCCGGGCCCCCAGCCCUGCCCAGGGAGGGCCGCCGGGGCCCCCUCCCCACCCCUGCCGCAGUGCCUGCGGGGGCCCCGGCCUCCUCCCCGUGCCCAUGACGCCACCCUGUCCAGGCUCAGCCGCCGUCACUCCAGCCCCAGGGUUCUGCCAAGGUCUUGGAUGCCUGGGGGUGUUGCUGCCACCAGGGUCCCGCCAGCACUGUGGUCUGUGUCCCGCCUCACACCCGCCCCCGCCAGGUCUGGUGGCCCCGGUGCUCUAUGGGGUCACUCACAGCUGUCCCCAUUUGGGAGAGCAGACCACACGCCGGUGUCCCCUCCUGGCGACGGUCAUCUUGGGCUGCUGGGAGGGCCCCACGGCCUCGACUACACUGUCGCUGCCCAGCACCUGACUCAGCACUUCUUUCACUGGGGACCCCUCCCCACCCGGUCACCCCGCAGGCCUCCGCCCUCUGCCCGUCCUUAGACUCUAGUUCUCCCACACUCAGCACCUUCUCUGGGAAGGAGCCGGGGCCCAAGCCGUGCGUCUGGAAGGUCUCAGACCACGGUCUGUCUGCGCUGGCCUUUCUGCAACCCCAGCUUUGGUGCCAACCUGGGUGCAGCCCCCGACCCCCGCCAGCCCCUCCCCAUGCACCCUGGUACCCACCUGAUGCUACAGGCCUGGGGGUCUGUGCCUGCCUGGGGGUCCCCAUUAGCUUCUCUGGACCUUCACCUGUCUGAUAAGGAGGGGGACAGUGUGGGGACACAAAGCAGGGCCCAUAGCCUGGCUGAAGUCAUGACCUAGACCUUGAACCCUGUCCAGGGAGGCCCACAGAGGGUCGGAUGUGCCCAGGAGUCCCUGGCAAAUGGGGAGGAAUGGGGGUCCCUCCAGAGCUCUAGGCUGGCUGGGCUGGGCGCCCCAGGCCGGGGGAGGGGACUCCUGGAGUGUCGCGUCAAAGAUGGGCUACCCUCCCGCACCCACAGCCCCGCCGGGACUGCCCCUCUGUGUCCUGUCCACCCGUCUGUCCACUAACUGUACCGCACUGGCCAUUAAAGGUGAAGGCAGAGCGCCUGCCCCA